AUGGAGGCCGCUCCACACGUUGAUAUUGCUCGAACGGGAUUCGAGAACCCGGUGAAAUGCAUCUUCGACAGCCAGGGUGUCCAAGAGUUCCAGCACUCAGUGGCUAUCGAGAGGCUGAAGUACUUUCUGGUCAAGUAUGCUCAUAUGGUCAACAGACAAAGGAUUGAGCGUGGCCCAUGCGGCAUAGAGCUGGUUGAUAGGUUUGUGGCGCUGCUGCAGGGGCUCUCGCGGCUGGUUGACGAGACGCCAGCACUCCCAGGGCCCAGAAGGUACGGGAACCUAGCGUGCAGGGAUUGGCAUCAGAAGUUGCAGUCGAACCUCUCAAACCUGUGGCAGGAACUGCUGCCCAAGGAGUACCAUGGGGCUGUACCGGAGCUGAACUACUACCUGGGCAACAGUUUCGGCUCGUCUACGAGGCUGGACUACGGGACAGGCCACGAGCUGUCGUUUCUAGCAGUGGUCGGGGCCCUUGACAUGCUCGGGCUCUGGACCAGCGAGUUCAGUGGCAGAGAGGUGCUGCUGAUCUUCGACACCUAUUACCAGUUAGUGAGGAAAUUGAUCACCGCUUACACAUUGGAGCCUGCAGGAUCGCACGGAGUAUGGGGGCUGGAUGACCACUUCCACAUUGCCUAUAUCUACGGUAGCUCGCAAUGGAGCAACGACCCCAAUGCUCCUAUGUUGCCACGGGAUAUCACUAACCGCACGAUGGUGGAGAAAUUCGCAGACACGAAUCUGUAUUGUCAAGCGAUCAGCUUCAUCUAUCAGGUCAAGUCGGGACCCUUUGCCGAAAACUCUUCGAUGCUCUACGAUAUUGCCACCACGGUGCAUACAUGGUCCAAGGUGCACUCAGGAUUGCUGAAGAUGUACUACGUCGAAGUGCUAAACAAAUUUCCGGUGAUACAGCAUUUUUGGUUUGGAACAGGAUUAUAUCCGUGGAUCAACGCAAAGACCGGUCAGAAACUGCCCAUAUAUGAGAGUGCUGAAACGAAGAACGAGAUGUUUGCGCCAAGUGUCGCAACUGGCGUAGCAGCCAUCUCAAUGUGCCAUCUACCAGGACACUCGAUCCCGCAUGCUAAAUUAGCUCACGGUAGAUAUUCGCCAGUACGUGGCAUGAUGGCACCACCAAGCACCGUACCAACCAAUAGUUGUUCCAAGAUGAGGAAUUCUACGAGAAACGAAAGACAUGAUUGA